UCUUUCGCCCCUAUACCCAAAUUUGACGAUCGAUUUGCACGUCAGAACCGCUACGAGCCUCCACCAGAGUUUCCUCUGGCUUCACCCUAUUCAGGCAUAGUUCACCAUCUUUCGGGUCCCAACAUAUAUGCUCUUACUCAGAUCCUUCCACAUAAAGCUUCGAGACCGGUCGAUGGUGCUCCCGAAGGAUCCCACCUGCAUUCACUUUCAUUGCGCCCACGGGUUUGCCACCCAAAGACUCGCAGACAUGUUAGACUCCUUGGUCCGUGUUUCAAGACGGGUCACUGA